UGUACAAUUCCUCAAAAUUCUCUUUGUUUAGCAGGUAGGUUGGGGACACCAGCUAAAAUUCAACCAAAAAGACAGUUUACCACUUUACAAUCACAUAUUGAAACCACCUCUCUUAGCACAAGUACAACAAAUCUACAACUAGAGGCACCAUUACCAGGAGUGGACUUCAUCACUUCCAACUAUUCACAAUCAAAAAGCAAUUCAAAGUCAACAAAAUCAGCAAAAACACCCAAUGACAAUACAAAGGAGCCAGGAACUAAAGGAAAAGUGACCGAUAUAAAGAACACUGAAGGUAUACCAACUUUUCUAAGGACUGCGUCCCUUCUCCCGACUGGACAUGGCAAUAUUUUUUUCUCAGAAAAUGAAGAAAGAUUAACAGAGAAGGACCAGUUAGUCUCACAGAGAAUAGUCCCAUCUCUGAAGUUAAACUUUCAACAUCAAGAUCGGAACAAUGAUGAAAAAUCUGACGCAACAAACGGGACCUUUUUAGUGUGGGCGGACUUAAAACGCACACUUUCAUUUGCAUGGGAGCUACAUGUAUUUGGUUCUGCUGCCCUUUUCCUUCUACUAACUGCUGGCUCAGCCCUUGGUUUAGCAUUAGCUUCCAGGUUGUACUGCCCUCACCGUGGUGAACUGGUACUCACCAAUAGCUUCUUGCUAGUAGUAGGUGCAGUUAGAGCAGGCCACUUCUUGCUCGACCCAUAUGGGACUCGGCUCCUCCUGCCACCUCCUGUUGUAAUAGCUUUAUACACGCAGCCGUUACCACUGUUAAUCCUGGCACAGGCUGCAUUAGUGAUACUGGUACUAAAAAAAACAGGUGUAACCUGCAUUCCACCAACACUUCAGCGCCCCCCUCUAUUAGGAGUGUUAGCUGUUUUCCAAUGCACUCUCCUACUUGCUGCAGACUUACUUUCCCCUGGACUUUCUCCUGUUGUUCCCAUUGUCCUACAGAGCCUCACGCUGACUGCAGGCCUGGUACUGUGUUUAGGCUACCUUUUCUUGGCAGUGCCAUGCUUCUCUGCAGCUCGUGGAGUAAAUAAGGGAAAGGGAGAAGGAAAGGUGCGGGUUUUAGCACGAGUACUGGCGGUGUGUGCUUUCCUUGGGGCACUGUGCUGCCUUUUGCACAUUUAUGCCUGCUUGUGGCUCUAUGGAAUACUAGGAGACUGGAGGCACUUCCGUUGGGCAUGGUGGCACUGUCAGUUCUGGGUGCGACUGUUGGAGCUUGCCUGGGCUUUCUGUCUGCUUCUGAUGUCUUCCUGGGUCUUCUGGAGACCCAACCAAGGCCACAUAUGUGGAGCACCUAGACAGGAAGGAGCUGCUAAUGAAAGCUUGUCAUUACCAUCUCAGUCAUCAAAUUCUAAUAGCAGACACACAUGCUGGGUGAAGUUUGUGCAGAGCCUCAAGGUAAAGCAACAAAGGAAAUCUGAAAGCAAUGGGAUUGGAGGGUCAAAUAGUGGUGCAGUGACCAUAGAGUUGCCUAACAACUGGGCAAGACAGGAGCUAUCAGGGGCAGACAUUAGCAAGAGACUCAUACGAAAUUGUGAUCCACUCCAUGAAAGCAAUAAUUUACGCAAUCUGCAAAGCUUUGCAGGGGGCUCUGCAGGUUCAUUGCUAAUGUUGCAGGCACUUUCUCAGCCACAUCAGUGCUCUUUAAGUAGCAGUUUGGACAGGGACAAGGAGUCAGCCAUCUCACUCUGUGAUCUUGACCUGCGCCCUCCAACCCCAAUUGACCUCAGCCGCAGUAUUGAUGAGGCACUUCAUCGUGAGCAUAUAUUAAGGGGUGAAAGUUUGUUUCAGCCAGUGCGACCACCAUCACUUCCUCCAUCUCCACACCUGUGGAUGCGACAGAAUAGUGAGCCCCAAAUCACACUGUCAUUGAGCAGUAAUGAACACACAUUGUUCUCAGAGUCUUCUGCAGGUCUGGAUUGCUCCAUUCCUAGUGCUGUGCCUAGUCGACAAGUCACAGCACCCCCUACACCCACUCAUCAGGGCUUUCGUUGGGUCUCUGAGGCACAAGUGCCUUCCUCUUUGUCCUGCCCUGUCUCACUGCACCAUUCCCCAAGCACAAGCUCUGCACAUAUACCCAGCACAGAAAACACAAGGUUGUUUCUAACCCCUGACCUUGAAAUUUCACAAUCAAAUACCAGAGGGGGGCAAAGUUACUUGAAAGUCAGGCUAAAUGAUGAAUCAGCCAGUGUCAGCAGUGACAUUAUUGACAUUUGAACGUCAUGACUCAUAGCAACUCCUGAUUAUAACACAUUCACAUUCUCAAAAAAGUAGAGAUUAUACAUUUAAUCAUGACUUGCAGUCCAGUUGUUGUAUAAUGGCACUUUAAAGGAAGAGGAACACAUUGUUGCAAGUGGCUCAUUCUCAUUUUUUCCUUCAAAAGUCUUGUUUACAGUAAUGCAUAUACUAUAGAUAUCUACGGGGCAGUGGUUCUUAAUCCUAGUCCUGGGACCCACCCACCACUCUUUAAAUUGAAUGUCUUCCUUAUCUGACACACUCAGUUAAAUUCAUGGAGCUCUAACCCAGUGAGCUGAUGAUCUGAAUCAGGUGCGUUUAAAUGAGGGAAACAUGCAGAAUGUGCAAAGCAGGAUUAAGAACCACUGCAAUGGGGCAAGGUAUACCAGAGACAGAAAUCUGAAGCUUGUAUUUGCUAUAAUUAAUGUUUUUGUACAAAAUAUGUGUUGUUUGAUCUGUAAACCUGCCAUUUUAGUGGUGGGACCACUGUUUUAGGCAAAUUAGCCUCUGGCUGUGAACUAAUGUUAUUUUUGUUGGUGUAGUUGCUACAUCUAAAAUACUUAGUAGUCUCCUGUUGUUACAUGUGCUAUUUAAGUUUUGUGGCUGUACUUUGCAGUAGUGUGUGUAUUUUAAUUUUUAUUCUGUUGCAGUGCCUUGUCCCAUAGAGCAGCCUAGGUGCUACCUUUGUGCAUUGUGAAGAGAUGUGUAUGGAUAAUGUCAGAACAGAGAUUAUACUGGACGUGCCAGAACUUGACUUUCUGGAACAUGCUUUUUGUACUUACAGUUUAUUCCUGCAAUGAAGCAUACCUAAAACAUACUAAACUAAUUUUGAUAUAUAUGAUUUGUCUGCAUAGCAGACCAGAACUUUUUUGUUGGUAUAUUCAGCAUUUUAGUCAAAAUGCUGAAUGAAUGCUUCAACACUGUUGAAUGCUCAACUCAUCUGUUCUUUAUUUGAUACAGAAGAACUCUUAUGUGAGCAAUACAUUAUAAAAGGCUGUGAGUAUAACUUAAACAGAUUAUGCAUAUACUAUAUUUUUGUUUGUAAAUAAGGAUGUAUUCUUAUUACAUUUGAUGCAUUUAAUGUGAAUGACAAUCUUUCCUACUGCAAAAAUAAACUGAUCCUGGCAAAAAAAGAAAGAAAAGUUUUUGAUAUCAACAAGUAAAGAUCCUGAGAAAUGUUAAUGUGCACCAUUAAAGUGUGACAUGAAAGGAAAGUGCGCUGUAAAUUUUCUUGUUGUUUAUUUGAAAAGUUUUGUUCCUCUCACUUUCAUUUUUAAAAUGGCAAGGAACGGAUAUCCCUUUCAAUUUUGCAAAUAGACAGGAUGCUGUAUUUUAUAGAGAUUGCCGUUUUUGUUUAGUGGUUUGAGUUGCCUAUUCAUUGUCAGUCACUAACAGUUAUAUUAACAUAGCUGUAUUAACAUUUGCAUAGCUUUCCCUCUUAAAAAAUAAAAAC